AUGGAAGGCAUUGAUGAAGUUGAGAAUGAAGCUCGAAUGUUGAGAGGAGAACUCUAUUAUGCAUUCGUGCCAAAGCUCACUGAAAAGCGAAAUAGAUGCCACAAUGCUUGCAAAAGAUUCAACAGUGCCGGUGAUGCCUCAAGACGAAAGCUAGUAGAGCUGUGGAGAGAUAUCAUUGACGACCAUACCUCUCUUCCUCCCGCAGGAGCUACGGACGAGGAAGAUUCCCAAAUCUUAGGAGAUGAACCAUAUGUUGAUGGUCCAGUCAACGUAGACUAUGGAACCAAUCUCAGGCUGGGCAAAGGAGUCUAUAUCAACUUCAAUUGCACAUUCCUUGACACCUGCCUGAUCACCAUAGGAGCUCGUACUCUGAUCGGUCCAAGUUGUUCAUUCUAUGCUGCCACACAUCCAUUAGACCCUUUCCUUCGCAAUGGUACCAACGGCCCGGAACUUGGGGCGCCCAUAACAAUUGGCGAGGACUGUUGGUUCGGAGGUAGUGUCAUAGUAUGCCCAGGAAUAAACAUCGGUCGAGGUUGUACCAUUGGUGCUGGAAGUGUCGUGACGAAGGAUGUUCCUGAUUUCCACAUUGUGGCUGGUAAUCCGGCGAGGAUCAUCAGAAAAAUAGAGCCAAAAGAGUCAGAUCCAAACCUGAACUCCUGA